CUACACCGGCGUGAGUCGCCAUACAUUCAUCGUAUCGUGGAUAGAGUAUAGAGCAGUAUAGAGCAACCUGCAACAAGGCAAGGAAAGGAAAGACUGAUCUUCUUCCAAGUAUAGUUUACUAGAAAGAAUUAAUUAAACACAAUUCGAAAACGCUUGUUCCCUUGUUCGUCGUCAAUUGUUUUCACAAAUGGCUUCAAUCGAAGAACUGGAUCAAUUGGAUAGCGGCAUGGGUAAUAGCGACGCAUGUUCUCCGGAGAUGAAAUCGCUUCUUCCCGAUGACGAAGACGAUGAAGAGGACGAAAGCCUCGCAGAAAGAUUAUUCGGUCUUACAGAAAUGUUUCCCGAGGAAGUACGCAAGUUUGGGUACAAUGUUGGUACUUGUUUGUGUACUUGUACGAAAGGAUUAUACAAGUUCUCGUGUUCUGCAGCAUGGUUGUUCUUCAGUUCAUCGGCUAUUUUAUUUGCACCUAUAUUGUUUGAAAUAGAACGUGCCCAAAUGGAAGAGGCCCAACGUACCCAGCAGAAACAAGUUCUCUUAGGACCUAACACAGCUAUGUCAAAUGUUAAUGCUUCAAGUCUUCCAAUGGCUCCACCUGUACAACGAUAAUACCUAUAUUAUUGUUGCAUUUGAAUUGCCACGAGUUGACAGUUCUGUUCACGAUUUAUAUUUAUUAGCAUAACGAUUCCAUCAUAUUGUAACCUCUCACCAACACAAUGUAUAUAUAUAUAUAUAUAUAUAUAUCGAUUUAGAAAUAUUCUUCUUUCAUAAGCAUAAAAUUUGAAUGCAUCAAAUGAUUGGUUUUCAGGCGA